AUGUUUAAGAACCUCCUCGUACCGUUCGUUUUCGGCCUCGCCGUCGCGCACACCGCGCGCGCGGACGCGGGCGACACGUGUUCAACCCACACCGACUGCGUUGUUUCGAGCGGCUACGCGAGCGCGAACCCCUGGGCAUCGAGCGAAGAGUUCUGUUACAACACCGGGACCUACAACGGCGUGACGGUCGGUGUGUGCUCAGACUGUUUCGGGUGCAGCGCGGGACCGCCACCGUAUGGCAACUCGAUCGACCAAUCGUGCCCGUCCAAGUGUACGGACACAAUUUCCAGUUACACCUCGUGUGGAACAGAAAUCGCCACGGAAGUUGCCAAUGGAGCCAAAUGCUGGGACGGCGCCCACGGGUGCCCACCACUCCACAAAAAAGGCGGUAAAUGGUGCAGUAUGUACACGGGCGGCCAAAACGUAUGCUGCGGUGACGACUGCUGUAAACCAGACGGUGGCGCGAUCGCGGGCAUCAUCAUUGGUACCGUCGUCGGCCUGACGUUGCUCAUCGUCUCGUGCUGCUACUGUGGGCGGUGCGGGUGCUUCGCGUACCGACGCGACCAGCUCAUCGCCACCGCCGUGGCGACGCGGCCGCAGCAGCCGCAAGUCAUCUACGUCCAACAGGCGCCCGCAAAAGUCGACGUAUAA